CAGCUGAUCCUCCCCUGAAGAAAAGAAAGCCCAGAGAGGAGGACCGAGAGAGAAUUGCCUGAGAAAAGUCCAUUCUUUGCAUUGCACCUUUUUCUUAAUGCACGAUGAGAGCAACCAACGGUGGGGCAAAGGAAGCCGUUUCAGAGUGACAUCCCCAAAUAGACAAGUGGACGUGGCCCUCAGCAUCUACCUUCCCAAAGAGGAAACCGUCUUCAGCACGCUGAGCACCCUCACAGCAGGUUUAUUCACACCAUUUUGGGUUCUGACGGUCUGCACGGUGCUAUUCAAAACCAGGCCAGCUCCAGCCCACCUCAGGGCUGGUGCUGGCUGCGUGCGGCUGGUUUUGGGUGCCGCGGGCUCCUGUGUGCCUGUCGUACGAGCUCCAGCACCCUUCGCCCUGCUCUGCCUGCCCUUCGGAGAUGCCCAGACGUCGAGCGAUCGCCAGUCCUGUGCUUUCGCUGCCCUGCCUGGAGGUGAGAACGGUGGGCAGCAUUGGUACCUCUUUGCCACGCUGGGAUCAAGAGGAACACAGAGAACAGAUUUUAUUAAAACAAGGACAGCAAUGGAAAGAGAACUUCGUAAGAGCAGAGGGGACUGGUUAGUUGAAUCGAAAGAAGUUGGCAAAGAAGAAAGCCUUUUCUUGUUAUUUGUGCUUGCUAGUUUCAAUCUUUUCUUGGAACCUCUUUUGAAAAAUAUAUUUCAAAAUAUAUAGGAACCUCCUAGAAAACAUCUAUAAUAUCUCUAAAUAUUAUAAUAUUUCAUAUUAUAAGCACUGGCAACAUGCCUUUUUUUUUGGAGGGAAACGGUAGACAGUGAAGCUCCUAGUUACAAAGUUUCAGCCAUAAAGAGAAGUAAUGUAAAAUGGUUGAGUCCUACCAGUACUAUGCAGGAAUAGAGACCAGCCAGAACCUUACCAAUGCAGGCUCAGUGCUGGGUUUAGGUCUGCUUUGCAUACUAGGAAUGGGGCAAACCAGCUCCUGUGUAAAUCCAUUACUUAAAGAAUCGAAUUACUAGAUUAAGGGUACUACACUGUGUAUGAAGGCUUUUCUUGAUAGGGAGCCUGAUGCCUAUGUCUUCAGAAAAUCUUGUCCUUAGAUUAGGUCAAAAGCUAGAAGGUCACAUGAGAUGUUAUCACAGAGGGCUUGUUAAAAUGACAUCCAUGACAAAGCAAUACACGAUGAGCUUUAUGCAAACAUUCCUAUUCCCUAGCAGUAGCAAACAAAGCAUCACAUGAAAUGAAGCAAGUUGAUGAAGGCAUCAAUGAUUUAGUCCCACCGUAUUGUUUCAGCCUGAAUUAGGAAUAAGAAAACUCCUAGCAGCUGAGCUAUACCCCACCGCUCUGACAUGUUAGGGCAGGAUAGAUGGAUCCCAGACAGUCUCAUCUCCAUAGCUCGUGACUACAAAAGCAGCUCAUGCUUGCUUGGAUCAUGCAGAGAACAUCGCUCCCAGGAAGAACUUCACGUUUCUUUAGGUUUUUGGUUUUGGGUUUUUUUUUUGAGCAACUUUAAUUACCGCUCUGGGAAACACACAAAAAUCUGCUGCCUGCUUUGCUCUUGGUAGUUGGCUUGCCGGCAUUAAGCGGAGGGGGGAAGGGGAAGCUUUGAAAAUGAGUGAGGCUAGUAUAGAUAACACCACUUCUCAGCACGAGGAGUUAGUGUGAUGCCAAGAGGAAUACAGGUGAAAAA